GUUUUUUGUGUUUAAAUAAAUGCUUGCAAUUCAACAAACUACCGUUGACAGCACGUGAUGCAGUGUUGAAUAAAGCAGAACAAAGCAUGGAGCAAUACUUGAGGAAAUCAAAGAGGUUAAUUGAUGAAUUGUCAGACGAGUGCCAAAUCCAUGUUGUCAUUGGUAACGAGGCAUGUGACCUAGAUUCAGCUGUGUGUGCCCUUGUGUAUGCAUAUUACCUAAACCAGAAAUCGGAUAACAUAGUUGUCCCAGUUCUAAAUAUAGCAGCCAGUCAGUUCAGAUUGAGGACAGAAACCACCUAUUUCUUCAGCAAAUUAGAAAUCCCCACAGAGAGCCUCAUUUUCAAUGACCAAUUGGAUUUGAGAAUACUUCACAAACAAGGGAGGCUACUUCUAACUCUUGUGGAUCUUAAUUGUCUCCCUUCAAAAGAUGAAUACUUGGAAGACUGUGUUGUCUCAGUUAUUGACCAUCAUGUCCGAGAAAGGGCAGAAAAAGAAGGAGUCACAGUAAAGCUUGAUUUUGUGGGAUCCUGCAGUACUCUGGUGGCUGAAGAGCUCUUGGAUGAUCCAGACUUCCUCUUGGAUAAAAUUGUUGCUGAGCUUCUCUAUGGGACAAUCUUGGUUGAUACUAUAAAUAGAUCACCGCAGGCAGGGAAGGUAACUCCGCGAGAUGAGGCUGCACUGGGGAGAUUACUUCCCUUCAUUCCUGAUAUAAAGGGAGGCAACUUGUUUAAACAACUGCAGGCUGCAAAAUUUGACAUCAGCGGACUGUUAAACAUGGAGAUCUUAGAAAAGGACCUGAAGAUGGUGACAGGCGCGACUAUGAACAUCGCCAUGUCUUCUGUCACUAUGGAUAUGCAGGAACUCUUGUCAAGGCCUGGUUUCCAUGACGACGUGGACAAGUUCUGUGAACAACAGGGGGCCGAGGUUGUUGUCAUUAUGACGCUGGUAAAUGACGAAAAUGACGUGCCCAGUCGUCAAAUUGCUGUGUACUCUAAGAAUAGGAUCUUUAGGGAUCAGAUUUCUGACACUUUGGAUAACGCCCCCGAUGUUGAUCUAGAACUUGAACUUUUGACCCCGCCAUUUCCCGAUCUCUCAGUUUUCAACCAGACCAAUGUCACAGCCUCGCGUAAACAGGUCAUGCCGAUUUUGAAAUCAUUCUUACAUGGUGAUCUCACUCCAGAUGUCUCGAGCAAGGAAUUUGUGACUCAAACGUCCGUAGCCAUGACUACAGAAGGGUUUAGCCAUUUGGAAAUGAGUGAUUCAAUGUCUAACAAUACUGCAACAAAAACAAAAGGCGUGGUGUUUGAUUUGAAUUUCUCUACAAGUAGUGAGGAAAGUAAGGGUCCUAGCUUCGAAGAGUCCAGUCCAGAACACACUGGUGAUUUGACAAUGGAUAAUUUUGGUGAAAAGUCGGAAACUGCAACCGGUCAUGUGACAAUGAUAAAACUGGGUGAAACGUCCGAAGUUACCCCACCAUUUUCGGUCUCAAAUGUGAAAAGUAAGGCAUAUACAAAUGUAAACCAGUCUCGAACUGGGGAAGUUGUCUCUGGGAAGGAUAACACAUCAAAUAAUUUUUUGUCGUCUGCAAAUUCAAGUAACCUGUUGGACUUUGUGUUGUCAGAUAGCGAGUUAGUUGAUCCGUUUAGUUCUGUGGACUCGUUUAAUGCAAAUGUAAGUGAUAGUCCAAAAUCUUUUAAAGUAGAGAAAAGUGAAAUGGAACCAAAGAAAGAUCAAUUGCCCCAAAGUGAGGAAUGUGACCUAGAGAAGAGUUUGGAACCCAAAGAAAAUGAAGGAAAUGAAGAAAAGAAAAAUCCAUUCUUCAAUGUUGAGUCUACAAAUGAAAAUGUUUCUACCUCGCUGUCAAGUGCUCAAAAUUUAAACCUGAUCAAUGACGAUCCAAACAACCAAAAUUACUCUCCAAUCGAUUUAUGGAGUGAUACAAAUACAAACAUUCAGAACGAGCAAAAUCCACUAGACUUCAACACAAAUGCUUCCGAAUUUGUGAAGAUAGAUUCGGCAAGUCAAUUUAGUGAUACCGCUAAAACAAAUUUUAUUUUUGAUAGUUUUAAUGCUGAAAAUGACGACAAGAGCGAGAGUGAAAGUCAAGAAGAUCUUUUAGGCGUUAGUACGUUAACAGUAAGUGGGCACCCUCCAACAGUUAAAUCUGUCAGUCUUAUUGUUGAAUGUGAUGCACAUUCGCAAGCAGACAAUUUAGCUGAGCUUGAUGAAUCAGAAUUUUUUGACAAGGUCUCUACACCUGACCAGUUUAACUCUGGUGAAAAUAGUCCCUUUGUGAAUUCGGGAAUUAGUACACCAUUUGAGCUAAGUUCUGAAUACCAUUCGCGAACAGUAUCCGAGUCUGGUCCUGUUCCACCUAAUAGCGUUAUGGAUCGUGGAUUUGAAGAUUUGUCUCAGUUUGAUCACGACUUGCCAAGUUUUAAUAGUGCGGAAAUGGUUCAAAGGAUUAACAAAAAAAGAGCUUCAGUAGGUCAGGUGCUUAACGCUUUAAAUCUUGAAAAUCAGGAACUUAGUGACGGAUCUAGUACACCGUAUACGCCACAGAAUAGUUUCCGAGAUGAUCUGGAGGGGCUUACGCGUGAUAGGAGUUUACCAAGUUUGAAUAAUUCAAGUAUGUUGGAAAAGGUACAGAAAAAGCGUGAUUCUCUGGGAGAUCUGUUAGACCAAGACCAAUCCGAAUCGACUGAACUUGAUUUCGAACAGCUGAAAACUAAUAAACCUGGGAAUCCAUUUGGAGAUUUCACUGAUGGUGACGUUCUUAUGUCAAGUGCUGGAUUCAACGAUGCUAAGGUUAUAAAUCCAUUUAUCGUCAUCGAUGAUGAAAAGGAUUUAGAACAAAUUGAUUCGCUUGAUCACGUUCCAUUUACUCCAGUAAAUACGUUUGUUGAAAGAAAUGGUGAAGAGUUCAUGAAACAAAGGAAUUCUUUGACUGAUCCAGAACUAAUUGAUAAAUUAAAUGAAUUGAAAUCCAAAUCUGAUGAAGAUUUAGAGAAGGGAACCAAUCCCUUUGAAACUUCUGUGUCAGAUGACUUUCAUGAUGGGAACCAGAAUGUCCAGACUGGUUCACAAGAUUUGUUAGAUAUUUUUGGUCCAGUGGAUGGUGAAAACCUGACGCAGUCUACAAAUUUGAAUCCAUUCUUGAAUAUGGGUGAAAACCCCGCAAAUUCAGUUCAAAGAAGUGAUUUGGAAGACAUAUUUGGAUUAGAAAGUCCUGAAAAUGACAAUAGUGUUCUUUUAGACAAAAUGUUAACACAAGCAAACCAAGAAGCAGCAGAAGCUGUUGCCAAUAGCGUCUCCAAGGAAAUUAUUGGAACAACUUUGGAGACAUUUCCAAAUAUGACCAAUCCCAAAAUGGCUAUUGGGGUUGCCAUGGAGAUUUUGAAAAUGGAGACUUCUGAUUGGACAAAGCAGGUUUCAGGGGAUUCUGGGAUUGAUUCAAGUGACUCACCACAGCAAGCUCACGGUGCAAGCCACGGACACAUUGCAUCGAAACUCUGCCAAGAUUUAUCGAUUGAGACCGAUUAUUUGCCAAACAUGGAUCCUCUCCAUGGGAGCCUCAACAUGAUAUCAUCAUCGGAUGCAUCUGGUUUCUCAAAGUCGAUAGAGACCGAUGCUGAUAAAGAGGUCGUUGAAAGCGAAUCAUUCCGAAAAAUCAGUGGAAAUGAAGGCGAUUUUCAAAUCUUAAAACAAUUGUUUGAACCACUCAAGGAAAAAACUGAUAUUGAAGACACCAUCAAAGAAAUGAUAAUUAAAGAAAACAUGGAACAGGCUGUUAAAUCUAUUGAAUUCUCUGAUGUUGCCGAAUCUGACACUGUUGAAAAUGAUGCAGAAAUUAGUAAAAAAACUGAUAUGGAAAAUAAGAUAAAUGAAGUGGAAAAUGAGGAUGAUGAUAAUGGUAAUCAACUUGGUUCGAGAGAUGAUGAAAUGGAGGAAAAAAAUGAUGGAAUCAGUGCCACUCUAGAAGAAAUAACAGAAGAUGAAGAAAGUGGAGGUGGAAUGAAUGAUGAAGUGAAUGCACUGGACAGUGAGUUUAAAACAGAUGUUGGAGGCUUUGCCAAAACGGAAAUUUUUGUACAAGAAGCAACUGAUUCUGAUGAUAGUUUUCCAGAGAUGGUUACUACAAGUAUUCAGACUGAUCCAACAUGUGAUGGUGUGCAUAAAUCAGGUGGUAGUGAGUCUAAAUCAAUUUCUGAAAAUGUCAGUGAUUCAAUUGAAGAUAUAGAACUUAAGUCAGAAGAGAUAGCUGAGGAUGUAGAAUUAAGAUUGGAAGAUGAACUUGAAGAAACACAAAAUGUGGAUGUCAACCCAAUAUCAGUUUCUGAAAAAGGCAUAGAUGUUAAUGAAGAUGUAGCUUUAAAAUCAGAAAAGAUAGAUGAGGAUGGUGAUUUAAAAUUGGAAGACAAAAUUGAAGAAACACCAAAUGCUGAUAGUGAUUUUAAAUCUGUUUUUGAAAAAGUCGAUGUUACUGAAAAUGUGGAAUAUAAAUCAGCAGAAAUAGCUGAAGAAUCCGACAAAGAUUUUGAUUUAGAGUCUGAAAAUGAUUUAGAAGUAUCAGAUAAUAAAGAUGAAGACACUAAUAAGGUUCAAAUGCUAAUUGAUUUCAAUGCAAAUGAUGAAAUGGGAGCAGUUGUGCCAAAUGAGUAUGAAGACAAGAACUAUUCAAGGGCAAACAUUCUUGUGCAGCAGGCUACUUAUUCGUUAGAAGAACUUGGUGAUUUUCUUGAAAACACUGAAAAACAGCUUGAUCUUAAACUAGACAAAACAGACAAUGCAUUAUCUUGUGACUCUUCACCUGAAGAGAGUGCUGACAAUUAUAGCAAGUUACUUGGAGCAGAGGUUACAAAUGCAAAAGAAAACGUCAUAGAAUCAGGAACAGAUUUGCUUGACUUCGGUUUGCCAGCAUCUGAACAUGCUCAAGAAGGUAGAAUGAGCACUGAUGGAGACAAAUAUGAUACUGGUCUCACUGCUUCUAUAUUUGGAACAUUGCAAGAGGAUAAUGUGCCUGAGAGUGAUGUUAAAGCAGACACUGAAGAGUGCAAAUUUGAUCAAAAACUGGCUGGUGACGUUUGCAUGAGGGUAGACCCAAACUAUGUUCAAAGUAAAGAGGAAAAUACUGUAACGGAUGGUUUGGUUGAUUUAUCUGAACUCAACAUUGAAAAGGACUCAGAAAGUAUGAAUGAGGAAGAUGAUGCUGAAGAGUCUGUGGAAUCCAGUGUAAAUCAUAUAGAGUAUAAUGAAAAUGUACAAAGCACUAAAAAUGAUGUGGGGAGUAUUAAUACUGUAGAUGAUGAAACAGAUAUCAAUACCAUUGGCUAUAACAACGACACUGGGAUUACUGAAAAUGCAGAUGAUGAAACAAAUGCCUUAUGGCAGAUUGGCAAUAGCUUUGGUAACAAAAUAAAAGACAAUGUGGAAGAGGGUUCUGAAGAAACAAAUCUAAUAGACACUAAACCAAUUGGCACUAAAAAUGAUGGAGAAAAUAUUACCAAUGCAGAUGUAUUAUUGGAUGUUGACAAUGACAUGGAUGUUCACAGAGAGCAAACAGAAGACAAUACUGCUGUAUCAAAUCUAGUAGAAAACCAAUCACAAUAUAUAGCAACUGAAGAUACACUGAGUGAAAGAAAUAGCAUAAGCCCUGAUCCAAGCAGCUAUUUUGGCUCAACCUCAGAGAGUGAUACAUCAGAAUUAGUAACUGUUAGAGAAAAUGUUGAAAAUUUGACAGCAAUUAUCCCAGCUGAAUCAGGAAAACCGAAGCAAAGCCUAAACUUGAUUGAAACUUCUAAUAGUUAUGACAAUCUUGGAUUUAAUGAAACUGAUGAUAAUGAAAAUCUUGAUGAUGGUACAGAACUGAGAUUGGUGAAUUCAGGGGCUAUAUCAACUUCCGAACUUGAUGUGUUUUUAAAGAGUUCAGGGGAUGACAAUGAUGCACUGAAUGUGUUGUCCACAUUAGAAGCAGACAAUGGUAAACCAAAGGAAGUGAUAACUGAUAAUACUCUAGAUGCAGUCAACAAUUUCAACAGUGGUGCUAGUAACGCUUUGGAUGAUAUGUUUGGUUUUGGCAAUAGCGAAGAAAUUAUACAAAGUAAUCAGCUGAAGCAUGACGGGAGGCUGGAGACUGAUGUAGCAAGCAAUAGUGAAGGAAUAGUUCAAACAUCAGGUACUGAUAACAACAUAAUUAUCAUUGAUGGCCUUAUGACAGAAAGUGCACAGACAGUCCAAAGUGAGUCUUCAGUAGAAACUCCCAAUGAAGAUCAUGGUAGUGGAUAUUAUGAAGUAAACGAAGAAAGUGAACAGAUAGAUGAUGGAACUCAAUGUAUGACAAGUUCAGCAUAUGAGACAAACUUCAGAGAAAAUGAAACUGGAUUUUAUGAAAUCAACUAUGAAAAUGGUGGUGAUUUUCCACCAACUGUACAGACAAUUGAUGACUUUGCAGGCCAGAAAACAGUUGAAAUUAUAUCAGAAAUUGUACCUGCUGACUUAAUGAAUGCUAGCACAGCUACAAUUGGAACUGUUUCUUCAGUAGAGACUCCGGAUGAAGACUAUACGAAAGGUUUCUAUGAUUUUGAAAAUGAUGAAAAUGAUGGGUUUGAUGAAAAUGAUAAAUCUUUUGAUUUUAAAAAGGUAACAUUGAAGACUGGCCCAGGGAUGCCCCAGAUAAGUAUUGAUCUGGCCUCAAGUGUUGAAAACAGCAGCAUUUCUAAUGAAAGUGAACAAGAUGGUUUCUAUGAAGUAGAAGCUGAAUACAUGAGUGGAGUUACAACUGAAGAUGAUAGGCUUGCUGAUGAUGAAGCUGAAUAUGAUAAUAAAGAGAACGUUGAGCCUGAUAAUACAAAAGGAACAGGUGAAUCAAGAAGCUCAGUAAACUCAACGGGAUUUUCAGUUAAUAGCGAUGACAUGGAUAUAUCUAAUGUUGGAGCAGGAGGAAUUGACAAUGAAAUUGAUAGAGUGACUGAUAUUGCAAGAAAAAGAGCUGGAAUGUUUCAAGCACUAGAUGCAGAGAUUCAGGGAACGGUUCUUCAAAAUAUAGAGAAAGGCAAUGCUUUCUCCCCAAUAGAAAGUCCUAGUGAAGAAGUGUUUGAUAUUGGAUAUGAGAUUAACCCAAUGAUUCCAGAUGUGAAACCUGAAUCUGGUUAUGAGGAAGAUGAUGAGGAUGAUGAUGAAGAUAAAAGGAUGAUAAUGCCUAAACCUUUCGUGAGGUUUGCUGAUGAUGAAAGGGGUAUUAAUGAGUUAAAUCAUGAAGCCUUAGAAGGUAUAGCAGAUGAUUUGGUCAGUGUUGCAUUUCGUGAUGCUUUAGGGGAAUUCAAAUCUGCUGAACCAGUGGAAGAACUGAGUGUUGAAAGGAAUGAUAAGAGCACAGAAAAUGUUGAAGAACAGAUUAAUAAGGUGGCAGAUACUAUGGUAAAUGAAGCAAUAGCAAGUGCAACUGAAAUUUAUCUUGAGAUGAAGCAAACUGAACAGAUUGAAGAAGAAAUUACUGAUGCAAUGAAUGAUAUUGUUCCAACGCUAGAAGAUGAAUCCAGCGACUCUGACGCAAGCUCUACAACAACUGAGGGUAGCUAUAGGAUAAAUAUAUCUGAAGAUAUAUCUCCUGUUCUUUCCCCUGACAAAGAUGUGACAGAAACAACUGAAGCAGAAACUACUGGUUUGAUUGAUAUUCCUUCCCCGGAUGAAUUGACAUCGCCGUGUGAUGAAACAUCAAUGGAAGAAAGUAGUUCAGUGCAAGAGCAUGUAGAUGGUGCUAUUGAACCUGGGAUAAAGAAAAUACCAAGAGAUGGUUCUUACAGGUCAUUUUCCUUUCCAGAAUAUGAAGAAACUGACAGGCCAGAGAGUGUAAACACUGUUGAAAUUAAGAAAUCUGAAACUGAAAAGACUCCAAGUUCAUUGCUUAUAAGACAAGAAACUGUUGUACCUGACAUUGUAAUUAGUACUGAGGAGUCACCAGAUUAUGAUGUAGAAGAUAUAACUGAUUAUGGUGCUGAUUUUAGCAUGACUGAAAAUAUUGGUGAUGAUAAUGCUGAUGUACUUGAACCUGAUGAUGCUGAACUUCAAAAUGAACUGGUUGAUGAGAUUGUUGAAGAUCUGAAUGCUGAAAGUUUAGACACGGUUAACUUUAGUGUGACUGAAGGUGCGGCAGAUAAUGGUGACAUUCUUGAACCGGACAAUGUUGAAACCAAAGAUGAACUGGAUAAUGAAAUAGGUAAAGAUGUAAAUGCUAAAAACGUAGACAUAGUUUACCCAAACCUGACUGAGAAAGUUGUUGAUAGUGAUAACAUCCUUCAAUCAGACAAUGUUGAAAUUAAAGAUGAAAUAGUAAAUGAGAUAUUGAAAGAUUUAAAUGCUGAAAAAGGAGAUAUAGUUGACUUAAGUAUAACUAAGAAUGAGGAAGAUAAUGAUGACUUACUUGAAUCUGAUGAUGUUGAAAAUAAGGAUGAAAUAGUUGAUGAAGAUUUAAAUGCUGAAAAUGUAGACACAACAGAAUUUAGUUUGACUGGAAAUAUUGGUGAAGGUAAUGAAGACACACUGGAAACUGAAAAUGUUGAUAAUAAAGAUAGAAAAGUUGAUGAAAUGGUUAAAGAAUUCAUUGCUGAGAAUGUAGAAACAGCUCCGUUUAGGUUGACUGAAAAUGGUGAAGAGUAUGAUGACAAACUUGAUCCUGAUGAUUUUGAAAUUAAAGAUGAAAUAGUUGAUAAAGAUGUAAUUGAAGAUUUGAAUUCUGAAACUGUAGACAUUGUUGAUGUCAAUCAAAUUGAAGAAACUGAUUCUAAAGAAAAAGAUGAAUUGGAGGACCGAGGGAUGGCUGAGAAUGUGUAUGAUGGAAAUGACAUAAUACAAUCAGGCAAUGCUCAAAUUAAAGAUGAAAUAGGAAAUGAAAUCAUGCAAGAUUUGACUGCUAAAAAUGUAGACACAACUCCCUUUAGUAUGACUGAAAAUAUCAAAGAUAAUGAUGACACACUUGAACCUGAUGAUGUUGAAAUUAAAGAUGAAAUUGUUGAUAAAGAUGUAAAUGAAGAUUUUAAUGCUGAAACUGUAGACAUUGUUGAAGUCAAUAAAGAUGAAGAAAAUGAUUCUAAAGAAAAAGAUGUAUUGGAGGACAGGGGGAUGACAGAGAAUGUGUAUGAUGGUAAUGACAUAAUACAAUCGGGCAAUGUUGAAAUUAAAGAUGAAAUGGUAAAUGAAAUCAUACAAGAUUUGACAGAAGAAGAAAAUGUAGACACAGCUGACUUCAGUAUUACUGAAAAUGCAGAAGAUAAUGAUGGCUUUCUUAAAUUGGAUGAUGGUGAAAUUAACAAUGAAAUAGUUGGUGAAGAUUUUAACACUGAAAAUGUAGACACAGCUGACUUAAAUUUGACUGGAAAUAUUGGUGAAGGUAAUGAUGACAAACUGGAAACUGGAAAUGUUGAUAAUAAAGAUGAAACAGUUAAUGAAAUGGUUAAAGAAUUAAAAGCUGAGAAUGUAGACACAGCUCCUUUUAGGUUGCCUGAAAAUGCCGAAGAUUAUGAUCACAAAGUUGAACCUGAUGAUGUCGAUAUUAAAGAUGAAAUAGUUGAUAAAAGUUUGAUUGAAGAUUUGAAUGCUGAAACUGUAGACAGGGUUAAAGUCAAUCAAAUCGAAGAAACCAAAUCUAAAGAAAAAGAUGAAUUGGAGGAGAUGAAAUUACUAGAUGUCAAGGAAGAUUCAGAACAUGUAGAAUCAGUUGACGAGGAUCAGAAUAAAGUUAUUGCUGAAGAACAUAUUACAGCUCUGUCAGAUAAUACAGAACUGAGUAAUACAAACAUUGAGAGUGAAAUUGGCAUGUUUGAACAUGAACCUGAGGUCUACAAUCCACAAACAAGUGAUGAAGAAAACACCAGUAUUUCAAUAGAUAAUCCUGAUUCUUCAGAAAUUACAAGUGAAACUUACACAAGUGAGAAAGAAAGUGACAUGAUAACUGAAACAGAAUCAGAACUUAUUAUUUCUGAGUUAAGCAAUAAUACAGAAACUGACAGUAAACAAAGACAACCAAAUCUAGAUUUAAGUAAAAAUCUUGAAACUACAAAUGAAACUUCAGAAGUUGUAACAGAACAGAAUAAAUACAAACCUUUGAUAAAAGACAAUUCUGAAGAUGGUGUAUCUGACACUGGUGCUAGACCGAAGACUAAAAGUCAGGAAUACUUUACAAGGAAGGAAAUAUUCUACACGUCGGCUGGGCGAAUGAGUAUCUCGAUUGACAGUGUGAUGGAUCCACCGACAGAUAGCGACGAGGCAUAUGCUGGUGGAGGACAUGACAUCAUACAUGAGGAGGGGAAACAGCCCGUUGAUGACGAUGAAGACUUUAUAAUCGACCAGCACGCUGUGGUGGAGAAAAGUCAGGAACAAACGAAAGAACAGACAAAAGAACAGACAGAGAAACCAGUAGCUGAUAGCAAUAAACAUGUUGAGUCUAAGGUGAAGGUCAAGGGUAUGGACGACACACAGGAGUGGCAUGAAGACCCUAUUCCUGGGAUGGGGGCAGAGCAAGUGGUUUCAGAGAGUGAAUCUGAAUCCGAUUCCGACAGCGAAUAUGGCCGACCAGUUAGACCAGACAGUUUGCUAAAUGGAGCCCGGCGAAAGAAGAAAAUAGCUGCGACCAACUUAUUGAGCCCAGAUUCAACGGAUGCCAUGCUUGAAGGUGUUGAUGACCUUCCUACCCCAGAUGACCUUGACACGCCUGAUGACCUUGAAGGCGAGGGUCUGGAGUGGGAAGAUGAAACACCAUUGACCCCAUCGGAGCAGAAGAAGUUUGUAGAAUACAUGAGUCGAGAUGAUGAACAAGAGAAAUAUGAGAACACUCAGUUCCGGAAAGUGGAGAUAGCGGGGAAGGAUUACAGGGUGGAUAUGAAGGUCAUCGAGCCGUAUAAGAAGGUCCUGUCUCACGGAGGUUACUAUGGCGAUGGACUCAAUGCCAUUAUCUUGUUCUGUGGUUGCUACCUGCCGGACAGAAGUAGAGGCGACUAUAACUAUGUGAUGGACAAUCUUUUCUUGUAUGUGAUAAGCACACUAGAGCUACUAGUUGCGGACGACUACAUGAUCGUGUAUUUCCAUGGGGCCACACCUAGAAGACAGAUGCCGAGUUUUGGUUGGCUAAAACGCUGUUACCAAAUGAUUGACAGAAGAUUACGGAAAAACCUGAAGGGUAUGCUGAUGGUCCAUCCAACCCUGUGGUUGAAGACUGUUGUGUUAAUGACCAAGCCAUUUAUCAGUUCCAAAUUCAGCUCUAAAUUACGGAUUGUGAAGACGCUUCAUGAGUUGGGAAAAAUCGUCCCCAUGGAAUAUAUAUAUGUGCCAGAUCCUGUCCAACACACGGAGCGGAUGUUACAAACCGACCCCCUUUACCUGGAAAAAUGGGAGAAAGAACAGGAGAAGAGGGGACAAACUCCCGAGAAAAAACGAUUCUCAUUCUUUAAACGCAAAAAGUGAUGAAGAAAACCGAUUUAUGUUCUUUCAACACAAAAAGUGAUGAAAUAAACCGAUUUAUAUUCUUUAAAUGCAAAAAGUGAUGAAGAAAACCGAUUAAUAUUCUUUAAAUGCAAAAAGUGGUGAAGAAAACCGAUUUGUAUUCUUUAAAUGCAAAAUGUGAUGAAGAUAAUCGAUAUUCUUUCUACGCAAACGCUAAUGAAAAAUUAUUAACAACAUUUGUACAAAAAUGUAUGUGCCAUCAAACAAUCUAGAAUUCUAAUGUUAAAAGCGAUAUACCUUUGACGCGAGUUAAUUGUUUUGAACACAGUUAAAGAAGUUACUUUACAUUAAUCAAAUGAGUCACUUGAUGUUACAGGAAGUUUAAAGAAAAAAAAAUGUUCAAAUGAACUUUUUAACAGAGAGGAUAAAAGCUCUACAAUAUUUAUACGUAAAGUGAUCAAUUAAACGCAAAACAAUUACACGCAAAAAGUUAUUUGCUGGAUUGUAACAGAGGAAAAAGUGACUUGAAAUGUAAGCAAGGAUAAGACACUGCUUCCAUUGGAAUGUACAGAAUAGGUCAAAGGCCUCACUCACAAUCUUGAAAUGCAAAAAAAAUGUCAUCUAUCACGUGUUAACAUGUUUGUUUUGAAAUAUCAAGUUCUUUAGGCACAUGACAAUGCCUCGCAACAUUUCAUGUUAUAUGCAAUGGGCUUCAUGCUUGUGUACAGCAGAAGCUGUUUCAUACACACAAAAAGUAGUCAUGGCAUGUUCAUCAGCGUUGAAAAUUAGCACAAGUCUGCAAGCCCGAGCAUCCCAAUAUCAAUUCUGCUCGAAAACUAAGGAUAAGGAAUAGUUUUUCAGCCAAUUAUAUAAGACUGGUUAAUACCUUGGUUAAGUUAAAGUUAGCCAAAAUGUUUAUUGAUUGGUCAAUAUUUAUUCAACAACUACUUUCAACCAAUCAAAUCAUUCAAAUAUGCAAACUAACUGAAAGAUAACCUGUGGUCAACUUAUCCAUGUUUUAUACAGAUGGCUGCUGGUUACCAACCAGGAAUGGUGAAUGGGUUUUUUAUCACAUGUAUAUAGCUGAUUUUCAAACUGUAUUAAAUAUAUAUUUGUCCAUACAAAUAGCCCUCCAGCUUGAAACUUGUUUAUCAAUGGGAUAUAAGAUAAAUCGAACCAUUACAUUUUCUUCAUAUUAUUGUGAUCUUGUUACUGUGAAAAGUAUUAUAUGCUUGGUAUAUAUUUCCACCCUUUUCAUUGGUUGAGGAGCAGUCACCGGACAUACCAUAGAAAGUGAUAUAUACACUGUCUAAAAAGGGAUAAUUCUGUAAACAAACAUGUGUGCAUAUCAAGAAGUAACACGAUAUGACAUUCGACAAGAAGUACGGAAUAUGCGACCGGAAGUAGAAUUAACAUCAGUGAUGUCAUUUUCUAAUCAUAUACGCCCUAUGUAGUGGUUUUGGGCAUCAAAAAGUUGAUUUACAUGAUGCAUAAGAAGUGUAUAGGCAGAUUAUUGCUAAAAGCAUGUAAUAAAACACCGACUUUCUCUCUGUGAAUAUCACUUUCUAUGGUUCAAGAAAUCGGAUAUAUCCCUCACCAUCAGUCAUUAACUGUAUAUUAUACAUCAUGUAUAUAGAAACAUGUUUUAACCAUGUAUAAAGUUAGUGACCAUACCAGUAAUGUGUUUAUAAUGCAGUGAUAACAGUUAUACAUAUUACAGCCUCAAACUUACAAUGUUCUGACACUUUAACUCCUGAGUCAUAGAGUUUCCUUUUUCAAUGCAGAGGUGUAGUUAUAGAACUUCAAUGUGCUAAUGGCACGGGUUCUUUCAGAUAUUUUGGGAAAAUGAAAAUCAACUUUUGUGUUUGUGAUUGGGAAAAUUAUAGACUGGAUUGCUCGUGGAAUGGAUAGGGCUGGUAUUUUUGUGCCAGAAAACCUCUUGGACAUUCUGAUGCCAGGGUAAUUGCAGAUAGAACAUUAUAAGAAUGAUGUGACAAUUUGUAUAGAACGUUAUAAGAAUUAUGUGACGAUUUGUAUAGAACAUUAUAAGAAUGAUGUGACAAUUUGUAUAUAGAACAUUAUAAGAAUGAUGUGACAAUUUGUAUAGAACAUUAUAAGAAUGAUGUGACAAUUCGUAUGACACAUUCGCCUUGUAUAACAAACCAUUUUUCGUGACAGUUAAUACUAUAAUGCCAGUCAUUUAUGUAUAAACAUGUUGCAACAUUGUAACCAGACAAUUUGUUUAUUGUUAUGUAAUCAUUACUUUGAACUAUCUUAUAAGCAUAAUGUACGACCAAAAUCUCAUGAGAAUAAGAACAUUGUUAAGGUUAACAAGGUUGUUAACUUCAUCAUUGUUAUCUUUCAAAUUGUUACUGCUCUGGAAGUUUAAUGGAUACACAUGUGAUCUGCUGUAUAUCAGACAAUAUUUCAGACAACUGUUUCAGCUGUACUUGUUUAUAAUUAAAUAUGUGAGCGAUCAUCAUAUAUUUUACGUUUAAAAGUGAACAAUGAUGUCUUUUAUCGUGUAACUUUAAGAAUGUUCUGAGCUGAUUGCCCAAUAAAAUUGAAUUGAAAGGGUUACUUGUAAAUUUAAACUAGCCAUGUCUAACAUGACAAGUCUAACAAUUUCUUUCGGAAAUAAAUUUCUACUAUGUAUACUAGUAGUUGUCAAAAUUAGCCCUGUCUUGGUAAAAUGCAACUCAGGCUGGUUCAAAUUCUGGACUUUAUGACUGGGCAUGUUGGCAAUUCGUUAGUCGAAGCACUGCGUAAGAAUUUGGGCUCAUUCAAUUUUAAAGUCUAAUUUCUAUGACUGUUCUUGGAUUUAACAAUUCGAAAAAGUGGUCAUACACAAUUAUGAUUGUUUAUAAGAUGGUUCAAUUAUGUAAGGUACAUUAUUCUUGUUAAUAUAAAUGUAUUAAUAUACAAUGUUAUGUCGUGUACCCCGUUAUAAAUUACAAUUUUAAUCUUGUACAAACUUGAACCAACGUCUUGGUGCUUUUCAGUAUGUGCAAUAGAAUCAUUUUAACGCAUCAUUCAUGUAUUACAUUGCUAUGUUUUGUUUUUGACGGAGCUAUUUAAAAUCUUAUAAGAAAAUUUUGUUUGUUUAUAUCAUUUGUUUAAAAUGAGUUUUUUUCAAGCGACUAUGUUUUAAAUACGCUAUAAUCAGAAAUUUAAAAUGAAGAGGGAUGGGAAUAAAUUUUUCCCCAGGCCUAAAAAAAAUAUAUAUUUGGUUCGGGUUACCCGACCCUACCUACGGAAUCGGCGCCGACCCUACCGUUUUUAUAGUCAGUUUGAAAAAAAAAUUGAAAAAAAAAAAAAUCUCGUUUUUUUUUAAAUUGCUUUUUAAUAUUAAGUUUAAACCUUAAAUGCUUAUACAGAAGAUAGCUUUAACACCAUUCUCCAAUGAUGAAAAUUAUUUUCUUAUAUAAAACCUAAUAAAAAAAAUAAAUAAAAAAAAUUAAAAAGCCUACCUACCCUACCUAUUUUUUUUAAGGAUGUAACCCUAACCAAACAAUUUUUUUUUUUAGGCCCCAUGGUAUUAGCAAUGGAUAAGUGUUUAAUUGUUACUAUUUUACUAUCAAUAAAUAACUUUAUAUCUACGGACCAUAUACACAAUAACACCUGACAAAAAAGAUAUAUGUUUAAAUUCUAUUACUUUUUAUUUUAAAUUUGAACACAUUAUAUAUUGUUAUCUUAUAUUAUGACAUUUUUUAUUCUUUCGUUAUCUUCUAUUAUGACAUUUUUUUUUCUUCUACUUUAUUCCUUUAAAUUUAUUUUAUGUUAAUAUUUCAACAUAUUAGUGUAUAAAAAAUGUCGACGGUAUAUGUUCAAAAUCGUUGUACAUCAGUAUAUCCUUUGAUAUGAAUUUUCGUUAUCAUACAUUUUUAUUGACAUGUAGAUGUUGUUUUUGAUUAAUAUAAUCUUGGUUUGAACUGUUAUCAUGAAAAUAAUUAAAAACCUUCUUUCAUAGGCUUAAAGGCUACAUCAUUGGAAUUCACUGUCAAAUCACUUUGUUAAGUUCGAGUGGAAAAGAUUGUUGCAAUGUAAAAGUUGCUGUAUAUUGCGAGAGAUGACUGUAUGAUGUCCAUGUACCGGUACUGACAGCAUUGUCAAUGAGACUCUGUCAAGGAUCAUGAUAUACAGGGAUGUGAUUGUCCUAGCAGCUGAAGGGCUGAAAAGAUUUCGGUGAUGGGUUUUGAAGGCUCUUAUUGCGAUCAAUACUUAUAUUUACAUUUUAAAUAAUUGUAUAUUACAAUUAAAAAUAAGCAGUAUCGUCUGCAAUUGAGUAUUUGUUUUUAAAAGACAUCAUACGUUUUUGUAUAAAAAUAUAGCCGAUAUUUGUAACCUCAUAGAUCAUUGGUUAAAAGACAUUCAAUUAAUCCAAUCGGAGCGCAGUAUUGAAAUUAAUAAUGACGUCAUAACUCCUUGCGGGUUAUACAAUAAGAGAGUCAAUUUUAUCUAUUCAAAGGACUAGGCGAGUGUAAUUGUUGCACUUUUUGAAAGAACCCCUUUAAAGCAGAUAAAGAGUCACUGAGCAAAGCUAUUUAUGUACUUGUUUUUAUUUGCUAUUGUGUAACUUGGGAAGCUACUAGGAGUUAUGCGGAGUCAUUAUAAUCAUCAAUAAUUAAAUUGAUAUAUCCAUGUGUGGUUGGUUUUUAUUAUCUUUAUGUAUAUCUUUCAUUUAAGGAUCGUUUAAAUUCACUAUUGCAUCGACAACAUUUGUACCGAUAUAAUUAUUAAUUAUUCGUACUGUUAAAGUAUAUUGUUCAUAUUUUUCCCUAUCCAGUGGACAUUGUUAAUACUUUACCUGUCCAAUGCAUAUUGUUCAUAUUUUCCUUGUCAUUAGUUUAACUUAUUCCUGAAAUAAAUGAAAUGCCAUGAAAAUGUGUUAUUUCAAUAACUGGG